UCUGUACUGUAGACUGUUGGAGGAUGGUGUUUACAGUGAUGUGACAUUCUAUGUACAUGAUAAGAUGUUCCAAGUCCACCGCUGUAUACUGGCAGCUAGAUGUGAAUACUUCGCCACCAUGUUCAAAACUAGAUGGCUGGGUCGGCGUGUCAUCACACUUAAACAUGCUCUGGUUGUACCUGUUGCCUUCAAGUCAAUCCUACAAUACCUAUACACAGGCUGCCUCGACACUCAUAUUGACAAUAUAAAAGACUGUUUGAGAUUGGCCAAGCAGUGUCGUCUGCAAAGUCUGAUGGAUGAGAUUGAUGACCACUACAAAAGAUUCCGCACCUUUGAAAUGGCAAAGCCUGGUAUUACCGUGACAACACUAACCAUUGAGCCAAACCUACAUAACACAAAGCUGCAAGAAGACCUGGGCAAGCUUGGUGACCUAGCCCUGCCAGACGAGCUCUGUAGUGAAAUUUUCCAGGCAUUAGGUAGCCUGCCGUUUGCGGGGUUACAGGAUUUACCUAUCUACCCUGACAUCUGUUUCAUAGUGGAGGAACACAAAUUUCUGUGUCACAAGGUGUUUUUCUGUGGAAGGAGUGACUAUUUUAAGGCCUUGCUGAUUGAUCAUUUUGGAGAAUCCUACAUAUCAGAGGAUAAUCUGCCUAUGGUUCCCAUCAACGAAAUAAGCGCAGAAAGCUUCAGGAAACUGAUGUAUUACUUAUAUCAAGACAGCUGCGAGUUGACCAAAGAAACAGUGGUAGAGAUGCUGAAACUUGCGGACCAGUACCUGUUACAAGGGCUGAAGAGACUGUGUGCAAGCAACAUUAGCAAGUACAUUGACAUUGAUACAGUCCUACAGAUACUGAUCUUGGCCAGACUGUUUGGCCUUCGUAGACUCGCUGAUCAGUGCUCGGAGUUCAUGGCCAACAAUUUACACGAGGUCUUAAGACUGGCUGAUUUUGUCGACAUCGUGAGACAGGACGCUGCCAAUCUCAAACAACGAGAGGAUACCGAUACUGUUGAGAUCAUCGAUGACAUUCGUUUCAACAUCACUAACUUCGUACAGACAUUCAGUGACAUGAUGGACGCCGACGAGAAACUACGAAUGAUAGACGACUUCUUAGAGGAACUGGACAUUGACGCCUAAGGCGUUUUGGAGGAAGUGCGUCUCUUCUGUAAUUGGUAGAUUAACGGAGGAAGUGCGUCUCUUCUGUAAUUGGUAGAUUAACGGAGGAAGUGCGUCUCUUCUGUAAUUGGUAGAUUAACGGAGGAAGUGCGUCUCUUCUGUAAUUGGUAGAUUAACGGAGGAAGUGCGUCUCUUCUGUAAUUGGUAGAUUAACGGAGGAAGUGCGUCUCUUCUGUAAUUGGUAGAUUAACGGAGGAAGUGCGUCUCUUCUGUAAUUGGUAGAUUAACGGAGGAAGUGCGUCUCUUCUGUAAUUGGUAGAUUAACGGAGGAAGUGCGUCUCUUCUGUAAUUGGUAGAUUAACGGAGGAAGUGCGUCUCUUCUGUAAUUGGUAGAUUAACGGAGGAAGUGCGUCUCUUCUGUAAUUGGUAGAUUAACGGAGGAAGUGCGUCUCUUCUGUAAUUGGUAGAUUAACGGAGGAAGUGCGUCUCUUCUGUAAUUGGUAGAUUAACGGAGGAAGUGCGUCUCUUCUGUAAUUGGUAGAUUAACCGAAAAUUUGCCGUAGCGUGAACUUUUACAGGGAACAUAGAAGUUGGGAAAUGCUAUGUAAUACAAAACCACAGUAGGAAAUCCAUUUGCAAGUGCUAAAGUUUUACAAAGAGAAAAUGAAAUCAUUGUUAUUUUUUUUUAAUUGAAACUGACUGUUAUCACCAAUAAAAAGUACAGCAAUAUCAAAAUAUUACUAUUGAAAAUGUGUUAUAACCAGGUAUGAAAUUGUUUAUGUUGUCAAUUUUUUUUUGUUGUUAUUUGUUUACUUUGAAGAAGUAUAGAAAAGUGACCCUACCUGCAUAUUUUACACACGAUGGUGUCUGUUUUGGCAGCUAUGUCUGUUGUUUUUUUUAAGAUUUGGUGUUUUGAUUUUUGAGAUUGUAAACAAAAUAUUUUCAACCAAUUUUUCCAGUUUUUAUUAUCCUCACUUACUGGUCACCAAGUGGUCUGAGUAACAAAGCUCACAAGUUUAAUAAAAAUUGUGUAGGAAUAUUUUUUAUCUGUGACUAGAGACAUCAACAAUCACAAUGUCAAGGAAAAUAACGUUUGGGCUAGUUUUUAUCAGCGGAUGUAAAUGAAGAAAUAGAAACUCCUCAACAAGUGAGUUUUCUAAUUGUAUAAUAUACGUGCCAAGUGACCCGAUUUUGUCGGGUUACACCCGGAAAUUUAGCCCUUCACCCGCUUUAAUAACUUCACAUAGCUGGAUUAUGAUUUUGACCCGGAUUUCGUCAAUUUCACCCGUUUUCGCCCGGAAUACUAUUAAGACAGAGUUUACCAAUUGUCUUUUUACAAUUUGAAAAUUAACUUGAUGAGAGUUAGAUAUACAUGAUAACUAGCCAUCACAAGUUUGGGCACUUUUUUCUCCCAUGAUGUUCAUAUUAUAAGUAGAAAACCAUAUGUUUCUCGUGGAAAUGUAGGAUUCCUGAUUCAGAUCAGAGAAACAAUUGCAGUGAGUUGUAACAUCACUAUGGCAACAUAAUUAAAAAAGCAUGAAUUUGAAUCACAACCAGUUUGUUAGGUAACAUAAAAUGUUUUAAUACAAACUUCUUGCAGGUUUAUCCAAUAUUUCAGUAAUAAUAGGAGAAAAUAUGUCUAUAUUCACUUUAAAGCAGGAUUUCUGUAUUGUUGCUUUUACAGAUGACUUGGUGAGUGUAAAUUGUGACCAUCAGAUACUCCACUCUAGAUAAAUAUUGUCAUAUGAUAUAUGAAUCGAGGGCUUGAGUAAAGAAAGUUCACAGGAAUAAUGUAAUGUGUGUGAUUUGCAGAUAUUAGAAGUGUAAGACUAUUUGUUGCGUCACUAUUUAGCAUACAGUGGCAGACCCAGGCAAGGGUUGCAGGCCAUUAAAAAAACCUUCAAACUUGGCAGUUAUUUUUGUCAGAUUAAUUUCAAGAUUUACCAUACUGAGCCAUAGGAUUGAAAAAAUAUUAAACCAUUUUGAAAGAAAUGAUAUGACUUUAACAAUGAAGUAACUCAACUGACAUGAUAUGGUGUUAUGAUUUUAGCUACCUUUAAUCAUCAUAUUCAUUAGAAAAUGAAGAAAAAUGAAUCAAAUACACCUUCAUUUGUCAUAAAAUUGUUAUACAGAAUUAUAGAGAAAAUUGUUUAUAGGAGUAAAUUUGAGUGGAGUUUGAACGAACCAAAGGUGAGCAUCUGAGUGUAUGGGUCCCUGUUUCAAAUCCACAUCUAGCCGGUUACAUGUCCCACCUUGUUUCUCAUUCAAAAGUUUUAACUGCCAGUGUUAAAUUAUUAAGGUUACUUAAUAUUUAAUUGAACAGCUAUAUAUAGCUACAGCUACUACAGGUACCACCAGAGGGUAAAUGGUGCCAUAUCCUAAGUUACUGCCCUGUACAAUAUCAUUUUAGCAAGUACAUUUUGUAUACCUAUUUUCUUAGAUAUAGUAGUGUAGUCGAUUUGAUUGAAAUCAAAAUCAAGUAUGGGAUGACCUUUGUCUCAGAAUGGUCCCCAAUUAGUGAAAUAUAUCUGUUAAAAACACUAAAGAGGUGGUUGGGAUUUUGUUUUCAUUUUUUUUAAGUAAGUGAAAUGUUAUAUCAAUUUUCCAGGUGACUGUAAUUAAAUAGUAACACAUCUUAUUACAACAGGUUAUUGUUAAAGUAUACAUGAACCUUCACAAAAAUGCACGUGUGCAUAUGAGAAGUUGUUAGAUGCCGAUCCGUGAAAGCCUGGCUCUCUAUCCCCCUAAAUGUUAUAAGGAAAGAAGUUGUUAUUGAAGCUGUUAUUAAAAAAUCAUCAGCUGUAAGGAAAUCAUUGGGGAGAUAUGUAGUGAGACGUUUCCAGCAGACUUUGUCUAUUCCUUUCCCUAUGAUACAUAAAAUUAUUGGAUUUUAUUUGAUUGUAGCUGGUCUUCGUAUAUGUCCUUUGUUACAUAUGAUAUCAAUUCAGAAAUACACUGUAGUAGUUCAUACUUUGCCAGAAGACGAAGCAUGUAUUAAAUUCAAAAGAUUAUUAUUGUUGUAUUAGAGAAGGGAGGUAACUCAAGAGUGUAUACUUUUUUUGUCAACCACAAUCUUUAGAAUCAUACAAGGUGUUAUAGUAACCUACAGUACACAAACUGUAGAAUUACUAAUUUUUAUUUUUUUAUUUCUUUGACAUAAACUUUAGAAUCAUUCAUACAAGGUGUUACUUACAGUACACAAACUGUAGAUCAACUUGCACAUUUUUAUUUAAUUUAUUUUGACACUAACUUUAGAUUUACACAUUCAGGUUUUAUUUACACAAACUGCCUUGAGAUGUAUAAUUAAUACACAUGUCAGUGAAAUGACGUGGUAUCAUUCAGUUCAGUUUCUAUAUUUCCAAGAGCCAUACAUCCGACUCAUAGGUUGAUUGAUGUCAGGUUGGUUCGUUCUCAGAGCUCAUCUGUCUCUAAGUCAUCAGUGACAUUUUGCCAGCUGUCUGUCUACAGUAUAUAUGACUUGUGUCAAAAGGGCAUGAAAAUUUUAUAAAAUACAUUGUAGUACAUGUACUAUUUAUUAAGGUAUACAUUAUAUAAUAUCCAUACCAAUUAACCUUUGCUUGAUUUUUUUUUAUGUUUGGAGUAUGGGACAAUUUUAUCAUCUUUUAGUUAUCUAGCUAUUUAACAUUUUUUGCUUUGAAAAAAACUUUAUGUUUUUUGUAAGGUUUUUUUUAUCUAGUGUGCUAAUCAAUUAACAACUUAUAACUGUUAAUAUGCCAGUCAGAUAUGUAUUAAUGGUCUGUUUACAGAGAAAGUGCUCUUAAUACUCAGAUAUGUGUUGGAAGAUAAGCCACCCAACAGAAAACUCAGAAGUGGUCUGUGUACAGAGAGAGUGCUCUUAAUAGACUGUGUACUGUGAACAGCUAUUGGAGGAUGAAAGAAUGGAGGUCUAGAUCUAGAGAGAAAGGACUACUGAUAUGGAGUUUGAAGUAUAUCAUAUAUACUAUAUUUAUUUACACAGUAAAAUGUGAUUUAGCAAGAAAUGAUAAACGAGGUUUGACACUUUCUAUUUUUGUUGGGGAGUACAGAGAACUAUUUGAAUGUUAACUAGUACUUCGCCAAUAUUACUGCCGUAUUUUAUCGGUGAUAAGCCCAGGGGAUCUGGUUAUUUCACUGAGAUAACACUAUAAAGUUGGCAUUAGAUCCGCGCUAUCACAAGGAGGCAAUAACUCCAACAUACCCUGUCUCAAGCACACAUACAGACAAGCAUGCAUACGCAACAUAUACACGGAGGCAUGUUCUUAAAUGAUCUUAGCUGUUAAUAGGAUGUUAAACAAAAUAAAACAACUGCUAAAGUAAACAUCCUUAGCACUUUAGCAUGAAGCAGAAAAGAGGGCUGUAGAAUAGAUUUCAAAACUUACCAGUGAAGUCCCAGACAAUUUUAACAAUCAGCACACAACGUUUUGCUACAUUUUAAAAGUUUUUGAAAGGAAUGUUCUUAUUGGUUAGUCUAUCAGUCAAGGGAUAUUCUGAUUGGAUAACCUGUUAACAACGACAGGAGAACUAGUAUUAGUGUCAAACCCUGAUAUAAGUACUCUGUUCUAAUGAUUUGUUAAAUUUUAUUGCGUGUUUUAUGUUUCUAUUAUAUACUGUAUCUAAUAAGUGGUACUUUGUUACAGAUGUCAGUGCUGAAAUUACGUAUACAAUUACAUGUACAGUAAACCCUUAACAUACUGCCACCAUUGUACCUAGUAAACCAUCAUUAUACUGCCUUUUUUAGUCCCGUGAAAUUUUGGCAUUAUAAAGGAGUUUGACUAUAUAUCAAGGGAUACAAUAAACAAAAAUCUUAAGGAUAAAAAAUUGUUUAAGGAAGGACCUUGAGAUAUGAUGGAGGUAAACAAAGGGGAAAUGAAACAAGGGACGUUAUAUCAAGCUUUAACUGAUAGCUGUAGACUAGACCAAUCACUGUCAGAUGUUUUAGGUUUUGCUGAUGUGUAUUUUCUGAUAAGUAAAUCUUGUUUUAUGAAAUUCAAUGAAAAAACAAAUUCUUGAACUAAUCUUAAAUGAUGUAGUUGUAAAAUUGCAUAUGCAGCAAAAAAAACUACAUAUUUGUUGUGUAUAUAUGUAUAUAUAUAUAAACUAUACAUGGCAUGUCACAAUAUAAGCCAAUGAAGGUAUAAAAUGAGCUAAGGUGUGCAAACUAGUAUUUCAAAAGUGAAACUGUUUGGAAAAUAUUUGAAGAAUAUUAGCUACACAGAUUAUAUUUAUCUUAUUUGUUUAUGUAUAUGUUAAGUCAAUUUAAAAUCUAUCUCAUAUGCUUUACAAUAAAUGUUAUUUCUCAAUAGAGGAAAAA